GUUAGAAAAUAGCUGUUGGGUAGCAAAAGAGGAAGUUAGAAAGAGACUUAAAUAGCUGCAGUCAGUCAGUCUAUCAGUUAAUCAGCAUCUGGACCAUCACAACAAAACAGACAUGAAGACUUUCUGCUUCCUACUGUUUCUGCUGGCAGGUGUAGGGGGUCAAUCUGUGAACUAUAAACACUCAGAUAUCUGUGCAGUGAGGGGAUCAACGGUCACCCUGCCCUGCACCUUCACUCCUCCAUACGAAAUAUCUAGAGGAGUAGCCAACAUUAAAACAACUAGGAUGGAGGUUGUCAGAGUGGUCUGGUGUAAGAACCAUGAGAUCUGUCAGGGUGGGACUCCAUCUGUCUACAACAGCGAGUCCACAGAGAACCAGCCUCGCUACAGAUACCUCGGAGACAAGAAGGGAAACUGCACUUUACAGAUCUUAGAUCUGCAGGCGAAUGAUGAUGCAACCUUUCGCUUCAGAAUGGAAACAAAGGAUCCGAGGGGGAAUUUUACCGGAACGAAAGGAGUGAAUGUCAUUGUUGUUGAUGAACCCAGAAUGGAGGUGGUUGGCUCCAGCCGUGACUUUAACGAAGGUGAAACUGUCACCCUGCGCUGCUCUUCACUCUGCACCUUCCACCAGCUGAAGGUCAACUGGUCCAAAGAUGGCUACGCCCUCCCAGAAUCUGGCCCCACAAUCCAGAUCGGCCCGCUGACUGCAAAGGAUUCUGGGAACUACAGCUGUGCUCUGAGGACGAACUCGCUGUCAGCACCGUUCAGUCUGCAGCUGGAGCCUGAAGGAGAACAUGGAGGAACAGUGCCAGUUGAUCGUGUGGUUCUCUUCACUCUGCACACGGUUCUCAUCAUCACUGUCGUGUUGGUUGUCAUCAAAAGAACUUUGCUUAUGAGAAAACUACAGCAAAAAGGAAGUGACAGAGCAGUUCCUCAGAGGGAGAAGGUGACAUCUUUGGAAACAUCCUUUUAAAAGUCUUUGUCUCCUUUGUUUCAGUUUCCGCUGCAGGUCCAGAACAAACAACGGCGUGAAACUUUCCUGUGAUCCUGUUUAAUGUUUUCCUCAUAAUGUUUAUCAAGUUUAUAAGAUUCUACGUUUAGAGAGCACACCGGGAAACUAGUUCAGACAGUCUCUUCUUUCAGAUCAUCACAUUAAAACCACAGAGUUAAGAUCAUAUUUAUUUAUUGUUCUUAAUUAUAAGAACAGAUUCAUUGAAAACCAGUUGUAAUCUUUGAAAAGGUUAGAUUCAUAAUAAAUCUGUCUUUGACUGAAUUAUGCUGUUUUAACUGUAUUUAAUGACAUGUAUAUGUGCAUCAGCUUUAAUUAGAACAAAGGUUGUUUUAACUCUGGUACAUAUUACAUUUUAACCACUUAUUUUGGAGCCUAACAACAUCAAGAAGGACUUCCUGUAAAAAUGAACUUUCUGGAUCACUCAGGUACAUUUACAUUUAUUUUUAUGUUUAUAAUCUCUUAUGUGAUGAAAUAAAAGCAUUGAAUACUUUUAAUUAAA